AUGGCGGCCCAAGAUCCGCUUGCGCCGACAGACAGCAACGGCGCUGGUCUCGUCAUCACUGCUGCUGUUAUGCUUUCAGUGGCAUGGCUUUCUGUCUUCCUGCGCUCAUAUGUCCGGGCCGUCUUGACGCAGGCGUUUCUGUGGGAUGACUGGUUGAUGCUGGCGGCUCAGUCCGAACAGGUCAACUUCACAGUCUCGUGCGCCUUCAUUUUCAGCGGAGUUCGUUACGGCGUGGGGAGGCACAACCUAUCUCUCAGCCAGUUCGACGAGACCCAGGCCCUGAAAUACCAGGCCCUAGCGACGGCCACCUACGUGCUCAACAUGUGGCUGAUAAAACUGAGCAUCGGGAUCUUCCUGCUCCGUUUCGCCGUUCACAAGCGGUACAGGUACACCCUUUACAUCAGCAUAGUCGUCGUCGGCAUCUGGAGCCUGGUCCUGUUCUUCUGGAAUAUCUUCCAGUGCAACCCGGUCCCGGCGCAAUGGGACUACACCAUUCUGGAAACAGACUCGAGUGCUCAUUGCGCCUCGGUGGACGACGUCAUCCACGCUGCGUACGCCCUCAGCACGAUGACCAUCCUGUCCGACUGGCUCUAUGCGCUCUUGCCGAUCCCCCUGAUCUGGUCACUCAAGAUGACGGCUCAGGCAAAGUUGACCGUGAUUCUUAUCCUGGGCCUUGGAAUUUUCGCCAGCAUUGCGACGCUCGUCGCGGUUUUCUUCUUCUUCUUCUUCUUCUUCAGGGUGGCGCCUCGAUCAGCAGGCUCGUGUUCUUCCGCCCCCCACCUGAUCUACGAAAUCGUUACGGUGGAUGUUAAUGCCCUUAUCCACGCAGUCGCCGGCACCGACGCUAUGAUAUGGACGUUGGUCGAGCCCGGAGUAGCAAUCGCCGCGGCAAGUCUCGUCACCAUCCGCCCGCUGCUGCGUCGGCUGAAGGUGAAGGGCUUCGUGUCGACCGAGAAGACCUCGCGAACAGGUCCUUUCAGUCGCAAUAACCGCAGCUCACGCGCCGGACGCCGCUCGAGCAAAAUGCCCGGGUUCGGGUCGGAAGACCGCACCAUGCAGUUCGACAUGGAACUAGGCCACACGGAACGCGACAGACCCCAGUCGACCGAUCCUAUGACGUGGACGGAUAAUAACAGCGCCCAGUCGAAGGAAGCCGCAAGGGGCGAGGAACAAAACACAGAAGGGGAUUCGGCGACGCAUCUAGACAGGGGUUCCCGCAGGAUAGAGAUCAGGCGGGGCGAGGCGUUCACCGUGGACGGCCUCGCCUCGCCGCCACCAGUGCAAGGAGGAGCACACAACGGGCUCCGCGGGGCUUGGUUCGAGCAGGAUUCUCCGAACAGCUCUUCGGUGGAGCUGGAGACGAUGGCGUCUCCGGUAGACGACGAGGGCAGUAGUCCGACGGGGCUCACGCCCCCGUACCGACAGGCGUACCAGCGGUGA